AUGUCGACCAAUGCCACCAACACAACGAUCACCACCGAGACCUGUGGGUACUGGAUGGUCGAAGGAGCUAUUCCUGAGGCCGAUUCCGAAAUUUCGGGCAUAGGCGCGAUACUGGCCUUCCUUCUCAGCGCAUACUUCACAUUCGCGAUUGUACUGGUCUCAUAUCUACUGGGCUCCAUCGACAUAGGUCUCCUAAGACCAGUGGAUCUCUAUGUCCACCGACUCCCAUCACAGCGACGAACAAGCCCCUCCUGGCAUAAAGCACUGCAACAAUGCGUUCUGCUGCUCAGCGACCAACAGAUAGUCACCGGUAUCGCUAUCUGUAUCGCUGGUUUCAUUGGUCUACAUGGCCACAUCUCCGUUUACCACUUCCAGACAGUCAUCUCCCUAGCUUGGAUGUCAAGUUCGGUUCACCUCUCGGCUCUAACAAUGCUAGGAGAAUACUUUCGCAAGCGACCUGGUGUGCUAGGUUGGCGGAUCGUUGGUAUGCUGAUACUCUUCAUCCUCUUACUGGUGGCUUUGGUGCCCACUGCAUCUAAUCUCUGGGCUAUCUGGUACACAGCAGAAAGUGGAAGAGAUAAUGGAAGAACUAGCUGGGCUAUUCCAGCCAGGUGUUUCUUCUUCAAGACUUGGGGCGAGGGAGUCAAUCCCGACGCACCUCUGGCGUAUCUGAUCUUGAUCCUGUCCUAUCUCUGGAAGAUUGGUGCAUUGUUCAAAAGCUCCAGAAACGUGUUUCAUCGUCGAAUCAGAGGACCUUACGAAUACUUGCUAGAGCGCAUCCUACAUACCGAAGCGCUCAAAGCCUCCAAUCGCCGCGAAAAGCGAAAGUCUCUGUCGUGGACAUAUCAUGCUACCAUGAUGGUCUAUAUCAUCCUCCUGGCAUUGUUCGAGUUCAGCGCAUCUUUCGCCGCAUCACUAUGGCUAUCCUAUGUUGGACUUGUCUAUGGAACCAUUCAACUCGUCAUACCACGUCAGCAGAAUGCUUGGUGGAACAACAAAGAGAACUCAUGGACAUUUGGCCAGAUUGUACCGCUUGUGCUGCUUAUCCAACCACUUGGCGCCAUUCUUGAGAACUACAAGCCGCGCAAACACAGGAACAGGAGCGAUCGUGACUCGCUAUCCAGCGAAGAAGCGUACGAGCUUGGUUCCGGGGCACAUUCUACUAUGCUGUCUCAUCGAAAUUCCUCGGACGAGUUUCAACCUAGCUUCUCAGAAAAGUUUGCUGCGCUGGAAGUCCUCAGACCAUCUCAACGCUCGGUCGAGGUGCUAGACCAUCAGAUGCCAUUUUACAACUCGAUCCUGUUUGCCACGAUCAUUGUCUGGAUCCAGAUCAGUAUUGCGGUCAUCUCCUCCAUAGUAUUCUGGAUUGACGCUGACAGUAUCGGUUAUAUCACAAGUCACAACUACUUCUUCGUCUUGGCAGGAGUUGGAUGUUCUAUCGGUGUUCUGAUUCUGUGGACUGUGGCCUCUAUACCUUUUAGUCGGGUGUUCAAAUGA